GAGACGAAGAUGGCGGUGGCGGCCUUCGGGCAGUUGAAUCUGGAGGAGCCUCCACCGGUGUGGGGAUCUCGCAGCGUCGAUUGCUUCGAGAAGAUCGAGCAGAUUGGUGAAGGAACUUACGGUCAAGUGUACAUGGCCAAGGAAAUCAAAACUGGUGAAAUAGUGGCUCUGAAAAAGAUCCGUAUGGACAAUGAACGAGAGGGGUUUCCUAUAACAGCUAUUCGGGAGAUAAAGAUUCUCAAGAAGCUUCAUCAUGAAAAUGUCAUUAAGCUGAAAGAGAUUGUAACUUCUCCAGGUCGGGACAGAGAUGAGCAAGGGAAGCCAGAUAAUAACAAAUACAAAGGUGGGAUCUACAUGGUUUUUGAGUACAUGGAUCACGAUUUGACGGGACUUGCUGAUCGUCCCGGUCUGAGAUUUACAGUUCCCCAGAUCAAGUGUUACAUGAAGCAACUGCUCACUGGGCUUCAUUAUUGUCAUGUUAAUCAAGUACUUCACCGUGAUAUUAAAGGUGACAUUCUCAAAUUG